AUGAAUGAAAAUAUACCUGAAUUAAUAUUAACCCAUGAAAGGAAAGAAAAGGAAAGGUUAAAAAAAAAAAGAAAAAAAUGUAAAAUAUACAACACUAAUUAUAGUUUUAUUUAUUUUCUCUUUUUAUUUAAUAAAAAUAAUUUAGUUGAAAUUACAACAAACAAUUUUGAUUCAUUAAAAGGUGAAAUUAUAGAAAUUAAAAGAAAUAUAAAUAAUAGAUUAAAAGGAAUUGUUUUAACAAAUGUUAUAAAAAAUAAUCAGACAAGUUUUUCAUUUAAAAAAUUAUAUAUAUCUAUAUUAAAUGUUUAUACAUGUUUACCUAUUAAUAAUAAUUUAAAUAAUAAUAUAAAAGAAAAAAAUAUUUCUAACGUUAUUCUUAAUGGAUAUAAAAAUUUAAUGCUUAACGAAAUAUACAAGAAAUUUAAAAAAAUUGGAGGAUAG